UAUUCAGAUUUUGGAAGGCUUCAUGUUCAUUUUUGCGUAAUUUAAGCCAGUUGUCACUGGAAAAAUAAAACAGUAUAAAAGUACAAAUUGAGCAGCAUGCUGCUUUCCUUAAUUAAAUGUCAUCAUAUAUGUAUUUUAAAAACCAGACGCGCAUCUUAUCACAUUUGUGCGCAUUUUCCCCUGAAGCUGUGCCGCAUUGAACACUUGAUUUCAGCGUUGUUGAGCAAACUGGCGCACUAAUCUCUCCACAAACUCUUAAUCGUAAUAAAACUGUGCAGACGUGCUGUGCCAAAGUGCUGAGAAACAGUAAAUGACCUGUUUUACAUCCACAUCUGCAGGAUCAUGGCACCACGUUGGGUGCGUUCUCCUCGACGGCACAAAGGAUACAAUUACGCGCAAGAAUAAUGUUGCAACAUUUCCUCUCCAAAGCUCAGAUUCACUACUACAACGUCCUGAUCCACAUCUUAUCCUCCCACAGAAACACGGACGCUGCCUCCAUUGGUGCUCCUGAAUCCUGCAGAUCAGUGGAGCUAUUGGGUGUCAAUCUCACAAAAGGAGAGAGAGGACGGAGGGGGGACGCACGGGAUGCUGAUCCUCGGGAUGCUAUCGAUCCGGCUCGCAAAUGCGCUCCUCUCCAGUUUGAUAAACAUGCAGAUGUGCGUCAUUACGCGUUUUCUGCUCCUCCUGAGCUAAUUAAACAAGGUAAUGUGAGCAGCAGCGGGGAAAGCCCAAGUCAUCAAUGCAGAACUCCUCAGCGCUGUUCGGGAUGGUGAGCCACUGUCAGACCCCAACUUUCGCGGACUUCACGGGCUUGGCGCUCUCCGUGUACGGCAGCAAGACGGACAUCUGUGCGCGGCGAGCCGGCAACGCUGGCUUCGGAUCUCCGAUUUGCAGGAGCCCCCACGACGCACCGACUCACAUGAACUGCGCCAGCCCGAAGCGAGUGACCGCAUCCGAGGAAAAGGCGCAUCUGGCACCCAAAACCCCACGCUUGUGUUUCUCUCUUCCACCGGUGCAAGUGAACGGUGCCUACUGCUCAGAGAAGGAUGCUGAGCUGGGCGAUGCUGAGGGCAGCUUGAUGCGGUGUGGGCAGAGCUUAGCGCUGCCAGCUGGGGGUCAUUCAGAGGGGAUUUACCCUCAGAGCAUCCAGUGCAGCAGACCCACACCUGACCUCCUCCUGCAGGACGGCCCUCACCAAGACACCAGAUCCUCCCCUGCUUUCCAGAGGAGCCUGCCAGGAGCCUCACCCGGUCUGGGCUGUGGUGCCAACGGGACUCGCUCCUCCGUCCCAUACCCAAUCAAACAGGAGAACUCAAUGGGCUACAAGAUUUCCAGCACGGGAUCCAGGGUCUGUAGCGCACCUCAGGGUGGGUUUCAGGCCUGUAGAGGAGGUCAAGAUUUGGAGGUGUCACGGGACGAGAUAGUCGGAGCUCUGCAUGUUAGCAACAACGGUAAUGGCGUCUGCUCAGUGAACGGCGUGGACAGUGCACUGUCAGGGGACGUCGUGCAGUCGUUUAAUAAUGAAAAUGGCUCCUCCCCGCUGGCUUUGUCCCCAACUGGCUCCCGUCAUUCAGCGCGGCUGCUCAGUGCUAGCAGUCUGAAGAGACGCUGCCUGUCUCUGGCCUCACAGUCAUCCGCCGCCGCUGCUGGCACCAACAGCGUCGCUGCCACUGGUUCCCCAUUAGCUCCUGGCGCUGCUACUGAGGAGAUCAAUAUCACCGCCAUCAUCUGCUCCUCCUCCCAGAUGUCAAUGGUUGCUUGCGUCAACGGGUUCCGCGCUAACCUCUCGCCCAGCCACACCAGCAGCGCCGGCUUCUCCUCCUCUUCCUCCUCCUCUUCCUCCUCCUCUUCGACGUCUCCACCCUCUAACUCCUGCUCUCGGGAAACCCUCCAAAGGCCCCCGCCUCACGCCAGCCCCCAGCAGGCCUCACUACAGGAGAGCUGUCAGCUGUCCUCACCUGCCACCUGCCUGCUGUCUCUCUCUUCCUCCUGCUCCUCCUCCUCGUCUUCCUCUUCAGCGUCACUAGUGGAGCCGGAGCAGGGCCAGGGCCAGAGCCUGGGGCUGUGUGAGGAGCCGGGCUCCAUGCUGCCGGGGCGUGGGGCUGGAGGAUCAGCCGAGGGAGGAGUGGAAGGAGGCUCGGACGGGUUGGGCCUGUUGAUGAGUGGGGCCCUGAUGUCUGGGACGUUGCAUUCGGGGCCUGAAACCGGGGGUUUCCUAGACGGGAUCCAAAGAUCUGGAGCUGCCCUCAAGCAGGAACCCCUCGAUGACUUCUCUCCCAGUGAGGACGAACUCUUUCAGCACCACUAUCACCACCACCAUCAUUUGAGUGGCCGCAGCGGGCACCUUCGCCACCACCCGCCACGACCUGCCAUGCCUCCGCCUUACCACUUGCACCAGUACGUGGGGCCCAGUCCCGGGGGCCCACUGCACCACCAGAGCCAGCAGACGGCAACAGCCUCCUCCCUGGGACUCAAAUCAGCCUCUGGAGGUCCUUCUGGGAACCACACGGCCCCGGAGAGGGAAGACGUUGGAGGAGGAGCGGUGGCGGAUAAGCAGGUGUGUCGCUGGAUUGACUGCAGUGCUGCGUACGAGCAGCAGGAGGAGCUUGUGAGACAUAUCGAGAAGGUCCACAUCGACCAGCGGAAAGGUGAGGACUUCACCUGUUUCUGGGCCGGCUGCAUUCGCCGCUACAAGCCCUUCAACGCACGCUACAAGCUGCUCAUCCACAUGAGGGUCCACUCUGGAGAGAAACCCAACAAGUGCAUGUUCGAGGGCUGCAACAAAGCGUUUUCUCGUCUGGAGAACCUGAAGAUCCACCUGAGGAGCCACACAGGAGAAAAGCCGUACCUGUGCCAGCACCCCGGCUGCCAGAAAGCUUUCAGCAACUCCAGCGAUCGAGCCAAGCAUCAGCGCACUCACCUGGACACGAAACCGUACGCAUGUCAGAUCUCGGGCUGCACCAAGCGCUACACGGAUCCCAGCUCCCUACGCAAACAUGUCAAGAUCCACUCGGCCAAAGAGCAACAGGUGCGUAGAAAGCUUCGGCCCUGCCCUCACCUGGAACCAGACGUCCUGAGCGACUGUCUGUCCAUGCAGCACCUCCAGAGCUCCACGUCCUCACAGCACCUCUACAACGGCAAAGAUGGCCGAUCUCCAGCGCUGGGCCAAGACAUCUUCACAGGCCUGUACGCCGGCUCCAGCACGCCCCAUCACAGCGCCUCGGUGGAGCUCCUCUCCCCGACCCCCAACCCCUCUGCUUCCACCGCCGCCGACCUGCCCUCCUCCCGACAGCACCGGCUGGAUCGGGACCUCGGCAGCCCCCAUCACCUGUCGCCGCUGGCUGCCAUGGAUGGAGCGAGAGACGGGGUGUCGGGUCCCCUCCUGUCUCCUGGGAUGAAGGGAACAGCGACGCCUCCUCCUCCGCUGGAGAAGCAGCACAUCCACCAGCACCACAAGCCCUACGCUCACUAUCACCAUCACCAGCCUGUCAGCGACGAAUACCAAGGCAGCUUUCAGAGCUGCUUCCAGUUUGGAGACUCCUACAGGAUGGAGCAGACGGUCGGUGGUGUCCACGUCCCCGGAGACUCUCACGCCUACACUCCCCAUCAGCACAAUGGCUUCCACAUGCCGGGCAGCAACACUGGCUCUGCAGGUUUCAGCUUGACCCAGGAGCUGCAAGGAGGCGCAGGGUGCCAGUUCUCCUCCAGCCCAGAGGAGAGCAUCUUCUUCCAGGUGGGCAGCUUCGACCGCAGCUUGAGCCACAUGUCAUCCGUCUACACAGAGACAUGAAGCAACACUGGAGCAGGACACGCUUCACCACACCCACUCUGCUCUGCAGUCCAACUUCCUCCACACUCAGUUUCUUUUCCAAAAUAUUACCGGUCACGUUGUAAAUGAGUAGUUCUGUCUUAGUUAUGCACCAAACGGAAACCAGCAAAAUGAAACACAUUAAAAGUUUUACAGGUCAGUUAAGCAGCAUGUAAUUAUGACACUGAACUGACAUUAUCUGAAUGGAAAAAACACAGCUGUGGUUCCCAACCUUUUUCAAUUAUGACCCCUUAAAUGGAAAAAAAAAGUCUGUUUGGGACCUCUCAUCAGCAGUUAAAGCCUAGAAAUAUGAUUUUCAUUACUUUACAUAAAUAAUUUAACGUUAACUUAUUCCAUAAAUAUGAGAAAAUGAACAAAGAUGAUUAUCGGAUGCAUCACCGGUAUUUUCUACCUUCAUAUUCUGUUAAAGGCGCCAUUUUUACACAUAAAAAUCUGUUAACUUUGGAUAUUUUUUUACCUCUCAUCUUCUCGUGGAUCAGUUUUGACCGUUCUGUUGUUAAUCUGGAUCUUGCUUCAUAAAAGCUACUCACUAAAAGGUCCCUUUUAAAUGAUCUUGCAACAAUUUUGAUUUCUACUGUGACUCAGACCUAGAAGUUGGGAACCAGUAAGCUAGAAUACCUUUCAAUAUUUCAGAAAGAAAGAAAGAAAAAACAGUAUUUAAUCUGGUUCCAACUCACAGAAUUUUACUUGCUUAAAUGAGGGA